CACUAUUUCUUUAUGAUUUACCAUGCAGGAUCCCUUAAGUUUUUUUUUUUUUUUGCAACUAGGAUCCCUUAAGUUAACUAGAAAAUCCUAAAGUUAUACAUUUCUUAAAAUGAAAAAAAAAAAGGUAAAUCAGUAGUAUUAGUAAAAAAAGUAAAUCCAAAGUAUACAAAAUUUAGGAAAAUUCAACAGCUCAUUGAAAACGUUGCGUCUUAUAGAGAAAAUUAGUUAUUUUUCUUAUCAUCAUGACUUCUAACUACAUGGUUCAAUCACCUAUGAAGCACUUGUGUCGACCCUCCGUUUGAUUGGUUAUCAGAAACGUCGCUCGCACCCAUAUAGUCUCUCAAUGUGCUUCCAAUCAAAGCUAAACAAUAAUUAGCAUUGGUGUGAAGUGUAAACAGUGAAGCGUCAUGUAACAGUAUGAUUGAGCAACAAGUCAGGAGUCUCCGGCUGACUCGGAGGCUUUAGUCCCAACGCUUCUUACACACGAUUGUAUUAGCUGGCUCCUGCUGGCUACUACUGUGAAUGCCAGUUGCAUUAGAAUAAUCAUAUCUUAUAUUUUCAUACGCAUCCUAUCAUAUUUUUCUGUUAUUUUUCUUACAAAAUUACUAAAAGACGAAAGAAAAAAAACACGCAAAACUAUACAAAUCUUUUUCUUAAUAAUUUUUGACUAUGCAAAUGUUUCAAUUAAAAACUCCAAACAGACCACGUUUGCGUCUAAAACGCGUGGUUCCUGUUGCGGCUCACGAUAUCAAAAAACAUUAUUAUUAGCCAUUAGGCGGGGUCGGAACGACACCUUUUUGACUCAGUUUUUUUUUUUAGUGGCUCCAUAAAGUUUGACCUUACCUAAUGAUUCCUUCACCGUCACGUCAACCUAAAAAAGGCUACUUGAGGUCAAAGCAACCUCGCAACACUACAACGACGACUCUCUUACAUUCUUUUAUAAUGCUUAACAUUAUCACCUUCCUUUUCAUUUUUAUAAUCUCCUCAGUUUCUGCUUACUUGUUCUGUAGUCUUAGCUGUAAACUCUUUAUAUAAAAACUAACUCUCCACGAACUCUCCACACACAUCGAGACAGAACACAACACAACAGAGGAACUGAUUUUAAUGGCCGAACAUACAGGAGAAUCCUAUUGGUUUCUCUCUGUUUCUGCAUUAACCACGUUUCUCGCCUGCAUCACCAUCUUCCUUCUCGUGGGAAUAACAAAAAGAAAGAGAAGAGAGCCUCACAGGCUGCCUCCAGGAAGCAGAGGAUGGCCUUUGAUCGGAGACACCAUAGCUUGGCUCAAUGCCGUUUCCGGCUCUCAUCCUUCUAGCUUCGUCGAGAAACAAGUCAAAAGGUAUGGGAGGAUAUUUUCGUGUAGCUUGUUUGGGAAAUGGGCAGUGGUAUCAGCAGACCCGGCGUUUAACAGGUUCAUAAUGCAGAACGAAGGCAAGCUGUUUCAGUCUAGUUAUCCAAAGUCUUUCAGGGACUUGGUGGGAAAAGAUGGAAUCAUCACUGUCCACGGUGAACAACAGCGAAGGCUUCACUCAAUCGCAUCGAGCAUGAUGCGUCAGGACCAGCUCAAGACUCAUUUCCUUGAGGAUAUCCCCGCGGUUAUGCUUCAGACGUUGAGUAACUUCAAGGACGGUGAAGUCGUGCUUCUCCAAGAUGUCUGCAGAAAGGUUGCGAUUCAUCUUAUGGUUAACCAACUUCUUGGAGUGUCAAGCGAAUCAGAAGUCGAUGAAAUGUCUCAGCUUUUCUCUGAUUUUGUUGAUGGAUGUCUCUCUGUUCCUAUCAACUUGCCUGGCUUCACUUACCACAAAGCCAUGAAGGCAAGAAAGGAGAUCAUAAGGAAAAUAAACAAGACCGUAGAGAAGCUGGUGCAUAGGAAAGAAGCUGAUACUGCUGGGAACGGUGUGCUUGGAAGGUUGCUUGAAGAAGAAAGCUUACCAAAUGAAUCCAUGGCAGAUUUCAUCAUUAAUCUUAUGUUUGCUGGAAAUGAAACUACCGCGAAAACAAUGCUGUUUGCUGUUUACUUCCUCACUCACUGUCCUAAGGCCAUGACCCAAAUCCUGGAGGAACACGAGAAAUUUGCAGGCGAAACGCUAACAUGGCAAGAUUACAAGACGAUGGAGUUCACUCAAUGUGUAAUAGAUGAAACACUCAGGCUUGGUGGGAUUGCGAUAUGGCUAAUGAGAGAGGCUAAAGAAGAUGUCGUAUAUCAAGAUUACGUGAUCCCCAAGGGAUGCUUCGUGGUUCCGUUUCUCUCAGCAGUGCACUUAGACGAGAGCUAUUACAAGGAAAGUCUUUCCUUCAAUCCAUGGCGGUGGCUUGACCCUGAAACUCAGCAAAAGAGGAAUUGGAGAACGAGUCCUUACUAUAGCCCAUUUGGUGGAGGAACUCGGUUUUGUCCAGGAGCAGAGCUCGCUCGCCUUCAAAUCGCUCUCUUCCUACAUUACUUCAUCACUACAUACAGGUGGACACAACUUGAGGAAGAUCGUAUCUCCUUCUUCCCUUCUGCUCGUCUAGUGAAUGGAUUCAAGAUCCAAUUGAACAGACGGGAGAAAGAUCCUCCUCAAUGUCAAUAAUCAACCCAACAAUCUUCACUUCUGUAGAUCUAUCUCUUUGUAAUGAUAUGUAUAUUCACUGUUAAAACGCAAGUGAUUUUUGUUGUCAUUAUUGUAACUCCAGAUUUG